AUGUCGCGUGAGUUUGAUCAUCUCUUCAAACUGCUUAUUAUCGGUGACAGUGGUGUGGGUAAAAGCUGUCUUCUCUUGCGAUUCGCUGAUAAUACUUUCUCCGGCAGUUAUAUUACGACUAUUGGUGUUGAUUUCAAAAUAAGAACUUUAGAAAUAAAUGGUGAACGUGUAAAGCUACAGAUUUGGGAUACUGCGGGACAGGAGAGGUUUAGAACGAUAACUAGCACUUAUUACAGAGGGACUCACGGCGUCAUCGUUGUUUACGAUGUGACAAAUGGAGAGUCCUUCGCAAAUGUUAAGAGGUGGCUCCAUGAGAUUGAGCAAAAUUGUGAUGUUGUUAAUAAAGUUCUAGUUGGUAAUAAGAAUGAUUGUCCAUCACGGAAGGUGGUUGUAACAGAAGAUGCCCAAAGGUUCGCUAAUCAAAUGAAUAUACCUCUAUUUGAAACAAGUGCUAAGGAAAAUAUUAAUGUGGAAGAAAUGUUUUUAACCAUCACAAAAAUGGUCUUACGGUCAAAAUUGGAAAUGAAAGAGAGGCAGAAUGUCACAGCAAAUGAUGUAGUUAAUAUUAGAAAGUCUGGUCACAAGAGUAAAAAGAAAUGUUGCCAGUAA